AUGAGGGGAAUGAAGUCUGCAGGUUCGGGUGGAAGAGGACAUGGACCAAAAGCGAAUGCCAAAGCGGGCGAAGGCAUGAAACGCCGAGGCAAGGGAGGAGGAGGAAAGAAGCCGAAGGGUCGCGCUGUGUCCAAAGCGGAUCUGAAAAAUCAAGCUCCUGCCACACGUCAUGGGCGCCGUGGACAGCAUCAAUAUGGAGGGCAAACGAGUGAUCUUCCCGGCUGCUAGAAAAAGGCAGCCGGUCGCGCGGAUUCGCCUAUAGUGAAGUAGAUAUCUUUUUGUGAUCUAAGACACCGACCAAAAAUCACUCUAGUCCGCAUGAUGCAAUCAGUGAUUUUCUAUUUUGGUGUUUUUUUUGCAUGCAAAUCCGCCCUGCCCUUAGCUUUCCAACAUACAUGACAAGUAGCAAAUCCGUACUACAAGCUCCGAUUUUUCUUAGGGGUGGCAGCAGUGCCUAAGAUCACUCAGUUGCCCUCUAUAACCAAUCUCGUAGCACGAAAGGAGUAAAGACCGUUCCCAAACUGUCCGGGAAGAAAGCAGCUCGGAUCAACCAGGCGCCGACGAAAAAAGAAAUGAAAAGCGAAAUAAUCUUCGACGAGCGGACGCUCGAACUACCCGACGCCGACAAGUUGCGUCUCAACAACCCUCAUGCAUUGACAAGGGGCAAAAGAGCAACAAAAAAGGCAGUAAAACAGCAGGAGCAUGGUCCCGAGCACGACACAAUGAACGCUGGAGACAAAAAGAGGAAGAAGAAAGCUGAAAAUGGCGACGGCGCAGAGCUAGAGAGUGAAGUUUUGCACUUCGACGCCUCUGCACUAAUGUACCAGGAACAGGAAAAAGGCGCUUCUAGAGACGCACAUGAAAAGUGUAACAGCACGAACAGCGCUGCACUGAUCAACUUUCAAAUCGACGACCAGAAGCAGGUAUCUUUGCCGAGUUCGUUUUUUCUGCCGCCAGAAGCAUUUGCCUUAUUGCACGGAGGGCCAGCCUCAGCAAGAAGACAUGAUGGUCGGGAAGUUCUUGUCGUCCCUCCUGCCGCAGACAAAAAGAGCAAUAACUUUGACCCGGUGGUGGGUGUUGUAUCUUCAAAAAGGAGCAGAAGAAGCGGCGACGGCGAAGUCAGCGAAAAUCAAGUCCGAACUGACGCCAUUGGGGGCACGAGUGAUCCUCGCCUUUGGUCUGCGCCAGAAAAAAAUGAAGAUCAUGAGCACGCGACGACCGCCGAGGGCUGGGCCCAAAGCGCAGGUGGUGCGAGGCGCAAAGCUGAGACAGGUACCGGAGAGAGUGACCCAACUUCGGCGGCGUGUUCUUUCGCUAAAAAUGAUUCGAAAGACGCGGACAAUGACGAGAAAGUCAGGACUAAAAGUGGCCGCCUUCAGCAGCAUGCAGCAAAAAAACCAAAGCUUGCCGGGCGCGAACUUCGAGAGGCGAUUAAGCGCCGGCGCGCUGAACAGGCAAGCGCAUUGUUGCCGGAGAAUCGGUCCGCUACCAUUGCACUUGAUGGUGCAGUAAAACAUGAACAUGAUGAGGGGACGAAGCCCUCCUCCUCUUCCCGUUCCGCGACCGCUUGCACGGGCCACGAAGUCAGUGAUGGACAGAGCAAGAAGAAAGAAGAAACAGGUAGAGCAAAGCACCGGAGGCAAUCAGAAAAUUUGCCACGGAUGAGGCAGCGACGCGAUGGCUCCAAGAAGGUCGGUGUGCUCGGCGGGAGCCACGAUCAUAGUGCAGCAAAGCCGAAAUUUGGGGAACAGGCCGAGCAGCCGCCGCGAAUGGAUGCGAAACUUGCUAAAGCAAUGAACCGGAUGAAGUCUCGAGCAGCAGCAAACAAAGCCGAGGCUCCUCAAGCCCAAGAAAUAAAACGAAUUGAACAUGGCGAAACUGCAGGGGAGCAGACGGCGGGGGGACCUUUUACGCACGACGCUUCGCGACCGCAGAUGAAAGCACGCCGCAAAGAAAAGCAGCUUCUCGCAUCGCUGUGCUAGUAGAUGCGGCGUAUUUCGAUGUGAACAAGAUGGUUGCGACUCUAGCUAUUGCGUUUGAGUUUGCGCUUAGUUGUGAUCCUGAUCGCCUACAGCUUUUACUUACACAGGCAACGCUCCGCCAUGUUGUGCAGCGUAUUUUUUACGUGCUCGCUUCACAACUUCUAGAGCGAGUAACGAAGCAGACUUCUUGUCGUGCAUUUCAGAGUAGCGCAGCGCAUUCGUCGCAUGCGUUGUUGGUUUCCUUGAUAGAGCUCUCUGAUUAUUCGUUGUUCAACAUAAACAAGGAUGAUUUUUCUACUUGGAACAUAAUUUUACAUGAAGGCAAAAGACUUCUGUCCCGGUCCCUUUCUUUUCCCUGAAUGGGUGGAAAUUACAGGCGAAGGCGUCGAGGUCGACCUUCGUCGUGGAGCUAUCUGCUACAGUGUGCGUUACGUUUUGCACAUUCCAAAUGAUCAAAGAAGAAGAGCACGCGCCUUACCCUCACCCUAG